CAAAUCCAGGUUUGUGCGGAGGCGGCGGGUCACGUGGUGUGCAGUCUGCAGAUGCUCUGGCGGAACCGCGUUUAGGUGGGAAGCUUUAGCUGCUUAGAGAGUUGGAGGCCAUCCUGGACUACGGAUUCAGACCGUGUCACAAAAGUCCACCAUCGAAAGUAGAUUUUAUGGGUAUACAUGGAUUGCCUGCAUGUAGGCAACUUUGAACCAGUGAGAUGGCGGUUCCUGUCAAUGGAGCCCACAGGGAUGCUGCCCUCUGGUCUUCUCAUGAUAAGAUGUUGGCUCAGUCCCUCAAGGACAGUGACAUUGAGGUUUAUAGCAUUAUCAAAAAGGAAAGUAACCGGCAAAGGGUUGGAUUGGAGCUGAUUGCCUCAGAGAAUUUUGCCAGCCGAGCAGUAUUGGAGGCCCUGGGAUCUUGCUUAAAUAACAAAUACUCAGAGGGGUACCCAGGCCACAGGUAUUACGGUGGGACCGAGUUCAUUGAUGAGCUGGAGACACUGUGUCAGAAGCGAGCACUGCAGGCCUAUCAUCUGGACCCUCAGUGCUGGGGGGUCAAUGUCCAGCCUUAUUCAGGCUCCCCUGCAAACUUUGCUGUGUACACUGCCCUCGUGGAGCCCCAUGGGCGUAUCAUGGGUCUGGACCUGCCAGAUGGAGGCCAUCUUACUCAUGGCUUCAUGACAGACAAGAAGAAAAUCUCUGCGACAUCUAUUUUCUUCGAAUCUAUGCCCUAUAAGGUAUACCCAGAAACUGGCUACAUCAACUAUGACCAGCUGGAGGAGAAUGCCCGCCUCUUUCACCCAAAGCUGAUCGUUGCAGGUACCAGCUGCUACUCUCGAAACCUAGACUAUGCACGUUUGCGGAAGAUUGCUGAUGAAAACCGGGCAUAUCUCAUGGCAGACAUGGCACACAUCAGUGGGCUGGUGGCAGCUGGUGUGGUGCCAUCCCCUUUUGAACACUGCCAUGUAGUGACCACCACAACCCACAAAACGCUGAGAGGCUGCCGUGCUGGUAUGAUAUUCUACAGAAAAGGUGUGCGGAGUGUGGAUCCCAAGACUGGAAAAGAGAUUCUGUAUGACCUGGAAUCUCUCAUCAACUCUGCUGUGUUCCCAGGCCUCCAAGGGGGUCCCCACAAUCAUGCCAUUGCUGGUGUUGCUGUGGCUCUGAAGCAGGCCAUGACUACAGAAUUCAAAGUCUACCAGCUCCAGGUGAUAGCCAAUUGCAGGGCUCUGUCUGAGGCUCUCACAGAGCUAGGCUACAAAAUAGUCACAGGUGGUUCUGACAACCAUUUGAUCCUAGUGGAUCUCCGUUCUAAGGGCACAGAUGGGGGAAGGGCUGAGAAGGUGUUAGAAGCCUGUUCUAUUGCCUGCAACAAGAAUACCUGCCCAGGUGACCGGAGUGCACUACGGCCCAGUGGACUUCGACUGGGGACUCCAGCACUGACAUCCCGUGGACUUUUGGAAAAAGAUUUCCAAAAAGUAGCAGACUUUAUCCACAGAGGGAUAGAACUGACUCUGCAGAUUCAGAAUGACAUGGAUGCAAGAGCCACGCUCAAAGAGUUCAAGGAGAAACUGGCAGGGGAUGAGAAGUACCAGAGUGCUGUACAGGCUCUCCGGGAGGAAGUGGAGAGUUUUGCUUCCAACUUCUCACUUCCUGGUCUGCAGGACUUCUGAAGGAACCAGCUCGCCCUGCACCUGACAUAUGUUGGAUUGCCCUCCUGCAGGCUGCUCUAGGCCUAUGCAGUGGACCUACUGAAUUGUACUGAGUUCUCAAGUGCAUUUCCGUCAGAUUUCUCAUCUUUACAUAAAUCAAAACUUAAGUAAAUCCUAUUUUUAAUAAUUCUGAGACAGUUCAUUAAGUACUUUAAAUUGGAACGUCACUUCUCAAAAGCUGUAUAUAAUUCUGGAAAAUAUGCUGUGUAGCCAUUUGAUCUCACAGACCGCAGUAAAGGUGAGAACUAUUAGGAAAUUCCAGUAUUCUCCCAAAUCUAAGCUUAAUGGGCUCUGUGUCACGUAAACAAAGUCUAGGGUCACAGCUUAUAAAUUCUGUCUAUUCUUCCUGUUUUGCCCAGUAGGAUGCCAUAAGAGCACUGUUCAGAUUUUACUGGGCAAUUCCAAAUUUCCUGCUCUAGGCUUGAAAUUAUAAGCUAGAUGAGUGAAUAGCAAGAGUUUACUGUCAGCAGCUUGAACUAUACUGUACAAGGGUUAGGGGUGUCAUCAGAGGUAAAGCACAUGCUUACUGUGCAUGAGGUCCUGGGUUUAUCCCUAGGAGCACCCCCCCCCCCAGCCCACAGUCUUGUAGAACUGGCCUCCUCCACCAAUCAGCCUGGUCUGAGAAUCAGUGGAGGCCAGGGGAUUCCUGUUCCACCUGCCCAAGAUAACCAGUUCCCUCCUAUAAGCAGGAACUCACACGUCACCUUCCCAAAGAAUCUUUAUUUUUCACAUAGCUGAAUUGCAAGCCAUAGGUGACUGUUUUUUAAUAAGCACAAUCAAAUUUUUAACCACAGAAUGUCUACAAGAAUUAUAGCUUUAAAAAAUACAACCAAUUUUUAUAUUUUAAAAAUAUCUGAACUCAAAUAAAUUUCUAAAAAGUACA